UUAUUGGUUUGGUUAUGUUUACAGUAUGGAUUCAUUCAAUCGAACAGAGCAAUGAGUCAUAUCAUAGUUAGUUUUAAUUUAGUUUGAUUAGAUAGAAUUAGACCGGCACAAUAAUUGUAAAUGUAAACAUUUUUCCUUUCAACGUGAAGACAAUACAAGUUUAGUUUAGAAGAAAGUGCAAGAGAAGAAACACCCAUAAAGAAAAAAAAAGAACACCCAUAGCCAAGAGUUCAUUUGCGAUCAGCUAUACCUAUCAGUAAAAAUGUUUUCCAGACCUUCUUUGAUGAAACGCACUUUAAAGCCUUCACUGCAUUUUUUAAAGGUUGACAGUGCAGCCCAUCUACAUGUUUGCUGUCUUCGAAACUUAAAACUCCCUUCAAGAACAAAUGAAGUUAGACUUUUAAAUGGUUACGUAUCAAGUUCCUUUGGUUCUAUUUUGCAAGCGAGACAUGAAAGCACAACCAGCUCAAAGGUGACAGAAAAAUCAAAUGAGAGGUUAGCAGAAUUGGACCCGAUUCCAGAACCUCCCACUGCUGUCACAUCGUCAGCCCCUUCAGACAUAACGAGUUCUGUUCAGGGCUAUGGACAUGAGACUCCAUUUUCGGAGCUUGGGCUUGGCGGAUGGACCCCUCCUGGGAUGGUCCAGACUUGUUUAGAGUAUUUUCAUGUAGACUUGGGACUACCUUGGUGGCAAGCCGUCGUUGCUGGUACUAUACUAAUCAGGUUAAUGCUGUUUCCCAUAGUCAUUGCGUCCCAAAGAAAUAUCGCAAUAUUGAAUAAUAAUAUGCCUCAAAUGACACACAUUCAAGCGAAAGUUACAGAAGCAAGGCAGCGGGGAGACAAGCUGGAAACCGCUAGAUACACAGGUGAAUUAAUGAAAUUCAUGCAAGAAAAAAAUGUGAACCCAUUUAAAAAUAUGCUGCCACCACUGGUUCAAGCACCAAUUUUUAUCUCAGUAUUCAUGGGAAUGCGGAAGAUGGCUAAUUUACCAGUGGAAAGUUUGAAAACUGGAGGAACUCUGUGGUUUACGGACCUCACUGUGCCAGACCAGUUCUACAUGUUGCCGAUCAUCACUAGUGCCACAUUGUUUUGUACUGUCAAGAUUGGAGCUGAAGGCACACCUUCCACAAGCCAAAACUCACAUCUGCUCAAAUACUUAAUGAUGGGACUACCUUUGAUUGUGUUCCCAUUUACGAUUAGCUUUCCUGGGCUUAUGCUCGUAUAUUGGACAACUUCAAACUUCUUAUCAUUGGUGCAAGUUGGAAUACUCAGGAUUCCUAGAGUGAGAGAAUUCUUCAAGAUUGAACAAUUGGUGAAACAUACACCAACAAAUCUGGCCAUAAAAGACAAAGGAUUCGUUGGAAACGUAAAAGAAUCCUGGAACAAUUUCAAAAUAACCACAGAACUACAAGAGAGGGAAAGAAUGGAUAGAAUGGCAUUUAUGAAAGCAGGCCGGGAUCCAAUCAAGAAAACCUACAAGUACGAUCCAACUAAAGUCAAGCCUACUAUUCAAGCGAAGAAAGCAACAUAGUUGUGAAAUAUGUUAGAAUGUUGUAACGAUUGUUAUAAAGAGUGACUGGUUUGGACUGUACUUUUUGUUGUAACAUGUGAUACCUGCAGUCAGUUAUUGUUUAUACUUUUAGAGUUAUGUAAAGUAAAAACCUGUAACGUUG